ACGAAACAUCGACGAACUUCGUACGUCCUUCUCACACUCGGGUCCAGUUCGAUUUCUCCCCACACUGAGCCACAGCUCGGCUCGGCUGUAUAUAAAACAUGAACCAUCAUGAUCAAAACUGAUACCUUCCACAAAGCUUUUCCCUACUUCGUAGUGUCAUCUGCUGGACAAUUGACUAUACCUCGUCAUGGCAGAUGAUGGACUUCCAAGUGUGGAGGUACUAUACGGGCCAAUCCUUAUUGGGAUGUUUUUCAGUACGAUUUUAUACGGGGUCACGGUGGUCCAGAUUUUUUUAUACUUCGCACGAUACAAAGACCCUGCUUGGAUCCGAUAUCUUGUCAUAUAUCUUUUUAUGGUGGAGACUCUCAGCACGGCGUUCUGCUUUGAGAUGGUGUACGAACCUCUGAUUAGGAAGGCCGGUCUUCCGGACAUAAAGAUAACAUCUCCUCUUCUUUUAGCUGCCGACGGCCCAGUGACUGCUAUGAUUGCCACUCCGGUUCAACUUCUCAUGGCUUGGAGAAUCAAAGUGAUCACUCAAUCGCAAUCGAGAUUCAAAAUUAUCAGUGGCUCGACAAUCAUGCCAUUAAUCAUCGCCAUCUUCUCUGUGGCUUCGUUGGCUGGAGGUAUAUGGCUGGGCAUUAGGGUGGCGCGACAACCACGGUUUGAAGACUUUGCCCAGUUCAAGGGCGCUUCCGUCUUGUGGUUGGUAUCUACUGCUGUUGCGGACGUGUUGAUUGCUGGAGCCAUGGUCCUCUCGCUGAUCAGAAGAAAGUCAUCAUUCCAAGCUACGAAUAAUCAAAUCGACCGAAUUUUGCGACUUACGGUGCAGACAGGAACUCUCACAGCUGUUGCAGCGCUGGCGGAUUCUAUACUCUUCCUCAUCCUUCCUCAUACGACGUUAUUUUUCAUCUGGGAUCUAUCACUUUCGAAGCUUUAUACGAAUUCUAUUCUCAGUUCGCUUAACGCUCGACCUUGGAGCGAUCCGAACCGUGGUCAGCCCGGAACGACGACGAGUCUGUUAUUCGCCAACCACAACUUGAACGCUAUAUCUGGGUCAAGUACAUCAAUCUCGUUGAAUGAUGUCGCAAAGACUGGGCCAAGAGUACUGGUAUGUGAUCCUAGCUUCCUUCUUUACAUCGCAAGUUCAGUUUUCAGGUUUCUGUACUCACAGAACGUGCAAUCGACGUCAAAUGAUUGCCGCUCACGACUUCAAGAAGAUUCGGACCUAGAGCUGGGGGAUCCUACCGAUCCGUCGAAAUGCGACGAUGUUGACAAAAGUGGCGACUGGACCGAAGGGAGAGAGGCGCACAUAACCUUUGCGCUGCAAGCGCCAGCUAGUACGAAGUAGAACUUCAAUGCCAUAACGGGAUAUACUUCUGUUGUUUUGUAUCAUUGUUUUUUCUUUCUUUUCUUCUUUCACUCGUUCCUCGAUGCGCAACUAUUCUGUUGCAGAGGGCAUGUAAUAUCUCUUUAGAUUUGAUUGGUAUGACUGCUUAUUACCGUGGGACAAAUGGUCUUUUUUGAACACCAAAGGUGUUCUUAUGGAACGUAGGUCGACGCCAGGCAACAUCGCAAGCGACAUCGGAAGUUCUGGAAACGCCA